UAGACUGCUAAUGCAUCGUUCUGUACUACGCGGGUUAAAGAGAUCCUUAAUGUGAGGCAGAAUGUGGGUCAUUAUCGUCAUGAUAACAAUGAGCUCUACCUAUUCAGAAGUACUCAGCUUGUACUGACACAAUCGUCAUAUAAUAAAUGUCCAGUACUGUGUCAAGUUGCCGAAAAACGAUCAGCAUCGAUCAACGCCAUUAUUAAAAUUAUUGUCUAGGUGAAGACUGGAUUGUAUUGUAUUGGACUGACGGUCAGUAUGUUUCAUACAUGAUACUAGUAUCAUAACAAGCAGGGGUAUAGCAUGGCUGUAUGCGAUGUGUAGACUGAAUACUUCAAUUGAACUUGGGGACAUGCCCUUUAAAAUUCAUUUUGCUAGAAAAUAUGGUGUGCGUUUUGGCAUAUGUUGUUUAUGUCUUGUUAUUGAAGAAAGCAGUUGUCAACACUUGCAUUUUUACGUUUUAUCUCUCAAAAUGUGUAGGCUGAAGGUACGCCCCUGAUUAGUUCUUCAAGUUCUCGUAAUAAAAUAUUGUCAUGAAAACUGCGCUAUACUCUUUAAAGCGGGAAAAAUGCAUACUUGUCUCCCGUGUUAGCGUUCUAAUGUUUAUAAAUUGGACUUAAACCGAAAGUACUCUGCCUGUUUUGUGCUAGAUAGCAGCCCAUCUUUGGCAGAUCUGUAAAUCCUAAGCCCAUCAUUGGCAUUCCUGUACAUCCUAGUAGCACCGCCGUGGUACGGAUGGACGACGGGUUGUAUCAACUACAGCCUUUUGUUGUCCCGCAGUGGGCGCAACACCUGAACAACAUACCCAAACAUAUUGUGAAGCUGUCUAACCUAAGGACGCCAAUCCACAAAUGGCGGCUGCCGGAAGUGCCGACCGGAUUUGACGUCUACAUCAAAAGAGAUGACCUUACCGGCACUGAACUCUCCGGAAAUAAGGUACGAAACCUGCAGAUUCUGUUCGCGGAGGCCCUGGCUAGCGGCGCCAGGCACGUCGUGACCGGGGGCGGACCUCAAUCCGGUCACUGUCGGGCCGUGUCCAUCGUGUGUCGUUACCUCGGCAUCCAGCCGCACGUCGUGAUAGAGGGUGUAGACAAGCGUGAGGACUUGGGCUCGGCGGGGAACACGUUGCUGUACCGGCUGGCGGGUAGCCAGAUCUACUUGGCACCGUACGAGGGGUACGAACACUUCACUCGCAGGGUCAGGAACAUGCAGAAAUACAUCAGCGAUCAUUACCAGGAGCCGUGUUACUGUAUCCCGGUGGGUGGCUCCGCAGUGGAGGGCGUGUUUGGAUUUGUCGCCAUGUUCCAGGAGUUACUCGAACAGGGUUUGCACGAGAACUUUGACGACAUUGUCGUAACCAUAGCUACAGGAGGUACGGCGGCUGGUCUUGCACUUAGCAACUAUUUAACGGGAUCAAAACUAAGGGUCCAUGCCAUGACGAUCGCGCUGAGAAGGUCGGAGCUUGAGGAGAAUAUUGACCGCCUCCUGACGGGACUGGGCGCGGGUGUGAGGUGUGCGGACAUCCUUCAUGUCAUAGAGGGACAUGUCGGUGCAGGCUAUGGUACCGCAUCCACCGACGUACUGGAGUAUAUAACCCGGGUGAGCUCGAGCACGGGAAUUCUGCUGGAUCCCUACUACACGGGUAAGGCCGCUCUUGGGCUAGCUAGGGAACUGAGGGACAACCCUGGUAGAUUCAAGGGAACACGUAUACUCUUUGUCCAUACAGGUGGUAUAUUCGGUUUAUUCAACGGCGAGAUGGACCGCGUGGUGGAUUCCCCCGGAAGUCCCACAAAUAGAAUGACGUCAUGGCUCGUGGAGGACCAAUCCCCCUUGCAACAAACUACUCACACAACGCCCAGCUAAUUGUAUCUAACAUUACUUUUAAAUUCGCAUAUAUUGCAAUAUUGAGCCUCAUAAUGUUAACGAUUUAUUUGUAUUAUUUUACGAAAUAAAAUCAAUUUAUAAUAAUUCUGAAUCAGUCGUUUAGCGUGCAUUAAAGUUUUUGCUUAAAAAUAGUGCGCGGACAACAGUAAUUCGAUCAUUA